AUGUCCCCUCUAACCAUUGACCCCCCACUGCUCAAUUCGGCAAACCCCUGGUGCACCACGCUCUCCCAAUUGCAAGACCUCUACACCAAUCCCCACACUGGCGCCAUAACAACCCGCACCUCACUCCCUUCCUCCACAGACAAAGGAUUCCCCCACGACUCCAGCAUCCACCAAUUCACCUUCUUCACCCCAGACACCCUCUCGAGCUCAACCCCAAACACAGACCUAUCAGACGAUGCCUCGACAACAGGCAGUCUCAACACGCUCGGCUACUCGCCCAUUCCCCUCUCGGAAUACCUAUCCUACGUGCAAACAAUAAGCAAUACUCACUGCACUUCGGUUCCACUCGACGGGCGCACCACGCACAAACCCAUCAUCGUGUCUGUGACGGGCACCGCGGAAGAAGUGGUGCAGUGCUACCGCCAAAUCCGCACGUGCCAGCGCACCGUCUGCAUGCAACUAGCCAUGGAAAUCAAUCUUUCAUGCCCGAACAUCCCUGGGAAACCGCCGCCUGCGUAUUCGAGACAGGAAUUGGCCGAGUACCUGCGUGGGUUGGGGAGGGAAAUAUCUCUCUAUCAACAACAGACUCGCGAAGAAGGAGAAGGAACUACAGUAGUGACUCCAGUAGGCAUUAAAACACCGCCAUACACCUACCACGACCAAUUCCAGAGCCUAAUCGAUGCACUCCUGGAUUGCAGCGAGCAAGGAUGGUGUCCCGUUAGCUUCAUCACGGCGGUGAAUACGCUUGGCUCGUCGCUUUUGGUCGCACCAUUUUCUUCCUCGGCAACCACCACCACUCCGUCUUUCCACCCUACCCUCACUUCAGCAAAUGGCACGGGUAUCGGCGGUUUAGCGGGUACACCACUGCAUCCCCUCGCGCUCGGCAAUGUAUAUACCAUUACGCAGAUGCUGGCGCAGCAUGAGGUGUUGAGGAGAAUACAAGUGAUUGGGGUUGGGGGUGUGGCGGAUACGGAGGGGUAUAGACGGAUGAGGGGGGUUGGGGCAAGGGCGGUGGGUGUGGGGACUGCGUUGGGGAGGAAGGGGGUGCGUGUUUUCGAGGAGAUUGGGGCUGCUGCUGUAGAAGAGAAAAAAAUGAGCAAAGAUGCGUGUUGA